AUGUCCGGUCAACACAUUUCGACCUCAACAAAACUGGUGUAUUGCUCAACGUUGAACGGUGGCAAUGUGGGUAGAGGUAUCGCCAUUUUGAGCGUUCAGUUCGUAAUUGAUAUCACCGCAGCGUUGUUAUUACCCAUAUUGUUGUUCGUAAAUAAGGUUAAUUGCACUACACUUUUGAAAAUUUGA